AUGUCGGCUUUAUCUUUGCUGUACAAGGCAAUAGCAGUUGGUAUCUUACUGCUAUCAUUGACGAUCCAUGCAAAACCAGGAACGAUAUUACAGCAGCCUAUUGACAGCAACAUCUUGUAUAAGAGUCAAAGGGCUAUGGGUCAAGACCUGAACCAAGAAGACUGCAUGCCAACAACAAGCCAAGAAAACGAUAUCAAUGGUGCGGCCGAGCAAUGGUGGUGGUCGUCUUCAUCCAAGGAUGAAUCACAAGGCUCGGAUGGAUACCUCAAGUCUUUUUCUCAUCCUGCCUUUCCAGAGUACUCGAUGCGAUACAAGACCCCCGAAAUUUGCGACCCAAGUGUCAAGCAGAUUAGCGGGUAUCUUGAUAUAGGAUCAAACAAGCAUUUCUUCUUUUGGUUUUUUGAAUCUCGAAGCAGCCCAAAAGAGGAUCUUGUUAUACUAUGGCUUGAAGGAGGACCUGCAUGCUCAACCAUGUUGGGUGUGUUUGUAGCAAUAGGCCCUUGUAUAGUGAACGACCAUGGUAACGAUACGACGUUGAAUGAGCACUCGUGGAACAACAAUGCAAAUUUGCUCUUUCUCGACCAACCAUUGAAUACGGGUUUUUCCUAUGGCGAGAAUGGUGCAAUGACAUCGAAAGCAGCAUCCAAGGAUAUUUACUCCUUUCUCCAAUUGUUUUUCACCGAGUUCCCUGAAUACUCCAACCUUGAUUUUCAUAUCGCUGGUCAAUCAUAUGGUGGUCAUUUUGUUCCUGCAGCAGCAGCAGCAGAGAUCAAUUACAACAACAAAGUCAUACAACAAAGCACACCAUACGAUGUCUACGCUUCACAUUUAUUACCCAUCAACCUCAAAUCAAUAAUGAUUGGUAAUGGCCUCACGAAUGCUCUUAUCCAAUACAAGUAUUUGUCAAAGAUGGCAUGUGAGAAUUCGUAUGGUCCUGCUCUUGACCAAGUCACUUGCGGCGCAAUGGAUGAAAAGUACCCAGCAUGUGCAGCACUCAUUAAGCGAUGCUACACCUCACAAAAUUUGUUUACAUGCAUGCCAGCGUACAUACAAUGCAACAAAGAUCUUGGUGAUCCCUAUGUCAAUAGCGGAAAGAACAUGUACGACGUCCGAAAGACCUGUGACCAAGGUGGUAUGUGCUAUGCCGUUCUUGAUGGUAUGCAAAACUACCUCAAUCGUCCUGAAGUAUUGGAAGCCAUUGGUUCACGAUUUGAAACGUUUGAAAGCUGCAAUGAUGACCUCCAUGAAAAAAUAGCGACAAAUGAUUGGAUGCGCCCAAUUGUGGAUAUGAUUCCCGAGCUUUUGGAAGAUGGUAUCCGUAUUCUUAGCUAUGCAGGCGAUGCGGACUUUAUUUGUAAUUGGAUGGGCAUCAAAGCAUGGAUGUUGAACAUGCCGUGGAGUGGGCACGAUGAAUUUGUUGCUGCCAAAGACACUGCUUGGUUCUCUCCUACAGCAAACGAACAUGGUGGUGAGCUACGUCAGACCAAAGAUGGUCGCUUUGCUUUCUUGCGUCUCUAUGAUUCGGGACAUGUGGCCCCCAUGGAUCGGCGCGAUUAUGCUAUUGACAUGUUGAAUCAGUGGCUGGGUGAAGAACUAGCUUGA